GUAAGAAGACGGUUCACACGUGUGUGAGUAUACAAAUCUUCGCACACGUAAACCACAAUAUAUAUAUAUAUAUAUACAUAUAUAUCUCCGACCAUUUCAUCAGACCAAGAAUUUAAUCUGUCCGAAGCUCAGUUCAGUGGGUGUGUGUGGGGAGAGAGAGAGAGGUUAUCCUCUCAAGUAGACAAGAACAAGAGAAGAAUUUUGAGAGCUUUUCUGUCGCGAUAAAUUAACUUAAUUUAAUUUCUUAUUAUAUAUUCUUUACAUAAUUAGAGAUAUAUUUGUUGAUCUGAUUUUAGGGCCUAUGGAAAUAUUGGAAGACGAUUUUUUCUAUCUCAACCCUUUUCUCGCUGAGAUCUACUCCAACUGCAGCAACAGCGGCAGCUCCCAGACUUCCGAUCACGGCGGUGCCGCCGAUCAGCUGAGAAUGAGUUCAACGAGCUGGAUUAAUUCAUUGAACGGUCGAGAAAUGGCGAUGCCGAGUUCUUCAAUAAUGGCAGCUGCUGUUGAAGCUCCACAGUUAAUUUCUUUUGAGAACGAGAGAUUUUCGUCGUUUUCUCCGACAAAUGCAGAUCAUCGUAGUACAGAUUGUAAUAACCUAACCCCACAGAUCAUAAGCUUCUCGUCUUCUACUAAAGACGACGACGACGACGGCGAUUUCGGUGGUAAGAGAGAGAGGGCUUCCACGGCGACGCGGACGCCGUUGCAAGCUCAAGACCAUCUCAUGGCGGAGAGGAAACGGCGUGAGGAUUUACGUCACCUCUUCAUCGCUCUCUCCAAAGUUGUGCCGGGAUUGAAGAAGUUGGACAAGGCAUCUUUACUGGAAGAUGCUAUAAACCACUUGAAAUCACUUGAAGAAAGAGUGAAAGUUCUAGAGAAGGAAGCAAUGAUGAGUCCAAGAGAAGACAUCUCGAAUAGUGGGUGCGAGUCAGUACCCGUGGAAAUAAGUGCAAGAGUUAGGGAGAAGCAUGUCCUAAUAAAAAUGUGUUGCAAGAAACAAAUGGGGUUGAUGUCAAGAAUCCCAUGUGAGAUGGAAAAAUUACAUCUAAAUGUGGUAGACAUUAGAAUCAUGCCGUUUGGACAAGCAGCUCUAGAUGUCACAAUUCUUGCUGAGAUGAAGAGCGAAUUCAUUUGGACAGUGAAGGACAUUGUUGACCAGCUGCAAGCUGUUGUUGGACAAAUUUAAAGAAGAAGACAAGCACCCUUAAUUCCGGGCACUAAUUAUACAGUUGAUGCUGUCGCUUUUUCUUACAUAUAAUAGUAUUUUUGUAUUAAUAUAUCGCACGUUUUGAUUGAGCAGUGAUAAUAGUUUUUCAAAGUUCCCACAA